GUUAAAAGAAAUAUUUGUCCCAAAAGAACCAAAGAAACUCGACUCUAUUUGUGGCAAAAGGAUAAAUCAUGAAUAUAAGAAAGAAUGAUAUGAUGAUGAGUAGUGUUCAACAAACUGCAAAUUCUUCUCCUCCUCCUCCACAUAUGUAUCCAGAAGAACUUCAACUUAAGCUUUAUCAAGCUUUUAUAUUUUCAAUUCCUAUACUUUUUUCUAUUAUUCUUUUUCUUCUAUUUUACUUGUUUUAUCUCAAGAGAAGAGCUUCUUCUUUCUCUCCACACUUGCUUCCAAGGAUUAAUCCUCCAACUACCUAUCGUUACUAUUCAUCUAAUUCCUCACCUCGUCGUUUGGAUUUUGCUGUGCAAUUCUUGGAGAAACUUCCUAGAGUUUUGUUUGAUGAGGAUUUACAAGCAAGGGAUUCAGUAUGUUGUGUAUGUUUGGGAGAAUUUGAGUUGAAAGAAGAGUUGCAACAGAUUCCAUAUUGCAAGCAUGUGUUCCACAUUGAUUGCAUACAUCAUUGGCUACAAACAAAUUCAACUUGUCCACUUUGUAGAUGUUCCAUCAUUCCCACUACUACCAAGUUCCUUGAUCCACCACCUCCUAUUAAUGUUAUUAUAUCAGACCCACCACAUCAAGGUCCUAUCAAUUCUGAUUCUCCAUUACAAAUUUCAUCAUUAGAAGAUGAACCUGUUGGUGCUUCCACAACUGUUGUGUCAAGAGAAUGAGGCAUUAUUUUGAUUAUAAUUAAUUAUUAUGAAUAAUAUGAGCAAAUAGAAAUGCAUUUUGAUGUGCAUUCAAUUUUGUUAUCAAGUAGUAUUAUGAAUUUGUACUUUGUUGUCUUGUGUAACCAAAAUUGUAGUAUGUUUUUUUAUAUUUGCUUUUAGAGUUCUUUGUUUAUUUUUUUUUCCCGAUAAGCACUUGUAUUAAACGCACAAGGGGUGCGACCCAAUAUACAAAAGAAAACGGACAAGAACACAAUCAACGGCAAAAGAGAAAAUAAAACUAUCCUACACACCAACAUAAGCGCAAGGAUUGCAAAGCCAAACCUCCUUCGUGCUAUUUCCCCUACCUUUAGCAAGAAUAGAUAACCAAUCCCAACCCAAAUUCUUAAUUACAAUCAAGAUUUCGGUAGGAUUCCAACAACAUUCCUUAAAAACCACUUUAUUUCUUUCCAACCAAAUGCACCAACAAACCAAAAGCCAAAGAAAAGCAAAAAAUAGCGGUUUGACCACCCCCCUCAACUUCUCACAAAUAUAAUCCACCACCCCAAACCCCAUCUC